AUGAAAGCUCCGGCCAGCCUUGUCAACAACCCGCCGCCGUCAGGCCUUGGGACGUGGGACGCUGUCGCCGUCGGGGAGGAGUCCUCGGAGCUUGCGAGCAUGCUGCGCCAGUCGCUCCGCACCGCAGGCAAGUGGGGAGGAGCCUUCCGAGUGCAGAACGAGUCGAACUCCCGGCCUUUCGAUUUGGUCCGUGGGAAGUUCCGCUUCGCGCUGUUGAAGGCCGACGCGAUGCGCGAGUCCUUCAAGGCCAAUUUCAAGCGCGUCCUUUUCAUGGACGCCGACUUCCUCGUCACUCGCAGUCUCCGCGGCUCUCCCAUCGCACCGCUGCUCGACCCGAGCUCCGGCGCGUGGGACCCUCGCUGCGAUAUCUACGUGCAGAGGGCCUCCUCGCGACGGAAUUCGCUCAACACCGGCCUCAUGAUCACGGACCGCUUCAAGUCGCGCUCGGUGCUCGGAGAUUGGGAGCGCGCCAUGCGGACAGGGAGGUUCAACGACGAGCUGAUGGACCAGGACGCCUUCGACUUCAUCACCGGCGUGAAGCGCUUCCGGAACAGCACAAAGUGGGGCAGGCACAGCAUCUGCUACUUGCCCAACGACGUCCGGUACGUGGUCGACGACUGGCGUCUCGACGCCGAGCGGCUGGUCCCCGCCCUCCUCAUGCAGCAGCUGGCGUGCACCUUCUACCACUUCAAGGCGUCGCCUCCCAAAUCGCCGAGCGCGUUGACCGGCAAGCAGCUCAUGCGUGACGCGUGCGAGCGGGCGGUCUGGCCGUGCGAGGCACGCCCUGGCCACGGCACCCAGGCGGUGCAAAAGGCGCAGGCGGAGGCCAGGGCGGCGCGGGAUGGUGCGAGGUCAGCGCUGGAAGCGGCCAAGGCUGCGCUGGGCAGGGCCGAAUCGCAGCUCGCGGACAGCGAGGCGGCGCUCGUGGUGGCGACGGCCGCCGCAGAGGCGAGGCUCUCUGCUGCGGCCGCUGCCAGGGCCACCGCGGCCGCUUCGCACCUUUGGGGCGGGCUCGUGCUCACGGCCUGGUGCGUUGCCGCCGUCAUCCUCCUCUGCGCAGCCGCAGCGGGCCGCCGGACGCUCUAUGCCGAGUCCUCGCCGCCGCUGACCUCGCCCAAGAUUCGGCGCGUGUCCACCGAGUGGAUGCAGCCCUUGGAUGCCGUGGAGUUCGACCCGGCCUCGAGCGCGCGCGUGCUGGUCGAACAGACUGCGGCGGGCACGCAACACGCGAUCGACACGCCCACGAGCACGCCCAGCACGAGUUCAGAGGGCCCCGGUCACAGCCGCGGGCCGAGCGAUGAGCUGCAGCUACCGGGCGCAGCAGGCGGGCACCGCCGCAAGGGCUCCCAGGGAGAUAUGAUGAGCUGGAGCUGCGUGCCGAGCAGCAGCAGAUCGCACAGCCGCGGGCCGUGCGGAGACGUCCUCACUGUGCACGGGGGGGGCGUCAGCCCAGCUGGCGACAGCAGCCGGGAACACAGCCGCGGGCCGAGCGACGAGCUUCUGCCAGCCAGACACCGCCGCAAGAACUCGGCGGGCUCGGGCGCGUCCUCUGAAUGGCUGCAGGAGCUGCGAGGCGCACACGUUCACCGUCAUAGCCGCAGGAACUCCCGAGACUUGGGCGCGCCCGUGGCUGCUGAAUGGCUGCAGCCCCUGAAGGAGAUGCUCGAGCAUGAUGACCUAGUCCAGCCAGGCGAGAACUACCGGCGUGCGAUCGAGAGUACGUAGGCCGUAGGACGUCUCUGCCCGCAGAGUGACAGCGAGUUUCUCGCGUCACACUAGUUGCCUCAUAUUUGUUGUGUAGAUCGGCGUGUCCCGCCGCCGAUCCGUAAAGAUAAAUCCUUAACCGG